AUGGAUUGCAGACAGUGGAAUUGUUUCUCAGCAGCCCUGGACCCAGCAGUGGAUGCUCUCGCCACGCAUAGUCCCUCCCUUGCGACUUCUGGGGCUCGCAUGGCUGCCGAGCAAGAAGAAAGAGAGCUGGGCGCCCCUUCCCCGUCCCCUACUGAGGACAAGGAGAUAACAUACUUUCCAACGGGUAAGGCGGUGCUUGCAUCUGGAGCUGACUGGGAACUGCGAGCUUCUGGGGAUACAUCAGUCGUUACUCUGUCGACUCGUCUCCGUCAGUGCCUCUGUAUUGAUCGGGAGCGCAUGGAGAUGUUUCGGAUUGUUUUUGAAGAGGAACGGGAAGAACUCGAAAGGUACUUGGAGUAUAUGGAAAGCCGCCUGCUGUUGUACCCAGCGCAGUGCAUGCAGACGCUUCCCAUGAUGCAAUCUUUCAUUGAUGAACUCAAAGCGGAGAUAACAGAAGCGCAUUCCAGUCUGCAAACCGUGGAGGGCAUCGCGAUAGACGUGAAGGAGCUCACAGGACAGCUAACCAAAGAAUAUGACAAUCUUUUUUCUGAAUUGCGUUCGCUUGAGCAAGGGGAAUCUCCUGUUUGCCAGCAACCUGAGGUCAGAAACAGCCACAUGCCGAGGGAGGCCGACAAUGGAACUGCAGGGGAUCUCGAAAGGAUAGCGCGCCUUCAAGUCGUUGAAGAAGCGGUUUCUGCGAAGGAGAUAGAGCAUCGGAUGCAGCUGACUAUUUCUUUCACAGAAAACAAAAGAAAGGAACUUGUCGAAGUCGGAAACUCUGUCUUUCCUAGCAGCCUGAAUGCUCUCGCACCGCUAUGGGCCCAGCUGUUUCCAACGGCCCCAGAACAGCCAGCAGCUCCUCCUCCUACCCCUAACACUGAAAACGAGGGUUCUGUUUUCUCAGAGCAAGUGUCCGCGGUUGGGGAACCUCAACAAGUGCCUUUCUUGCAACCAUCGGCUCCAUCUUUUCCUCAGCAACCUGAAGUGAGUGCAGAAGUAUCUAUGGAGAAUCCAACCGCUGUCGAGUCGCGGGCUUCUAAUCUUGCUUUUGUUGCCCCAGUGGAAGCUCCGGGACCUGUUUCGGAACUUCCAGGGACCUUAGUUCCAAGAAGGCCGCACGAAAUCCGACGUGGGCGUUCUCGCUAUCGCCGGAUGAACCCACUGGUGAAUCGGAGGGCUACAGAAAGCUGCUGCCACGGCGACCCGACCUUUGUCUAUUCUGCUGACGAAAGAAGCCCUUCGAGAUCCUCCAAUUCCAUCUGUUCCGUUGAAAAAGAAGAAGAGCCGUUGAAGCUGCUCCGCUGCAACUCCUCACCUCACGGAAGUGCGGCUACAAGCAGCAGCCUGGACCUGCUUAGCAGCACAAAUGACACGGCGGACGGAUGA